ACUUAAUAUAUUCAGAAAACAAAGGCCCAUAUCAAAAUUACACAAGCCCUCUUUUUUUUUUCUUUUACUCACUCACCGACACUCUCAUGUGAAAGUUAUGAUGCACCUAAUUAUAUUCCUCGACACACUCGGCCAAUGAUAUAUGGUUCUUUUACUUUUGGUCACAGACUGUAAAAGCAUAAUAAAACCAUUUGAACGUUCUGAGAAAAGAAAAAGAAAAAAAAAGAAAAAAGAGACAAGUUUCAAACUAGCUCAAAAGAGAAGCUCAAUGGAUUCAGGAGGUAAGCAUCUCAGCAUGGAAAGAGUAGAAUUGCCACAACUUCACGAGCAUCCUCUGAUACCUUUCAGUCGCUUUGCCUAUACUCUGUGCGAGUUAUGCAGCAGCCCAGAUGUGUGCAGCAGCCCAACGAACGACCAUUUAAAUCGUAGAGCGUACGUAUACGGAGGGUACCGUUGCAACGAGCUGGGGUGCGAAGAAGCUGUGUUCCAUAAAGAUUGCACCAGUCCCUUAAAAGAGAUCAACCACUCUUUCCAUCCCGGCCACCCUCCUCUCAAACUGAUCAUCCCUACCCUUCCCUUAAAACAUUCCGAAAUACAUACAUGUUUCUGGGGAGAUAGUUUCCAAGUCGGUUAUUGUUGCACGAUAUGUGAUUUCAAGUCGUGUUUGGAGUGCGCUAGGAGAUCGAUUCCACUUGUUCUUCCUGGAAAUCUUUACGGACACCAGCAUCAACUCAAACUCGUCUGUGAUCCUACUGAUGCUGAGAUUGAAGGGGGAAUCUGCAAAGUGUGUGCGGAGAGCGUAAACCUGAAACUCCUGCAUUUUGGAUGUCAAGACUGCAAAGAGUUUGUCAUCCAUGUGUAUUGCCAUGAAGCAUACCACAUUUCCCAUCCCCAACACCCACUCAAGCCACUUGAAGGUGAAGUCCCUCAUUAUGCCGCCGACAAGGAGUGUCUUCUUUGCAAGGAGGAGUUCGACGAAGGGUAUCACCAAGUUCAUCACUGCGAUGUUUGUAAUUUCAGCAUAUGCGGAGAAUGUAUGGGGAACCCACCACCUGUUUCUGUCGAAUGCGCCAAGACACAUGAACAUGAGCUUCAUCUUGUUCCAAGACUCUUGAACUUUACUUGCAAUGCUUGCGGGACUCCGGGUGACCGAAGCCCUUAUUUCUGUCUUCAAUGCAAUUUCAUGAUCCACCGCGACUGUAUCGAUUUACCGCUUGUCAUAAACAUCAACCGCCAUGAUCACCGCAUCUCUUACACCCCUCGUCUUGGACACGGACAUAACUGGAAAUGCAAAGUUUGUCGUCAGAGGGUUGAUGGAUUCUAUGGUGGUUAUACUUGCUCGAAAUGUCCUACUUUUGCUGUUCAUGCAAGAUGUGCAACGAGAAAAGAUGUAUGGGACAUGGUCGAACGGGAAGGUACACCAGAAGAAGAGGAAAUCCCGCCUUACGAGGUGAUUGAUGCUAACACCAUAAGACAUUUCAGCCAUGAUCAUCAUCACUUACAAUUCAACAAGGAUGGGAUGAUGAUUCUACCUGAAAGCACACUAUGCAAGGCAUGCGUCUUCCAGAUCGGCGCAGAACCCUUCUACGUUUGCAAGCAACAGCAAUGCGAUUUCGUUCUCCACGAAAAAUGUGCUAACCUUCCACGGAACAAACGUCACGUGUGCAACAACCUGCCAUUCACGCUUCACACAGAUCCUCACUUCAAAUUUAUGUGUUGGUUUUGUCGUCAGGACUCCACAGGUUUCAGGUAUGAAUCUGGGAGUUCUGUGAAAAUAGAUGUACGGUGUGCUUCGAUAUCAGAUUCGAUUGAGCACGAAAGCCAUCCACAUCCUUUAUACUACUCUAGUUCUGGCAAAUGGUGUAGUAGAUGCGGGAAGGGGAUAAUAAACUGUUUCUUUAUUUGUGAUGAGUGUGAAGGCUAUAUGUUGGACGGCAAGUGUGCUCUUUUACCUGAAAAGGUAAUGAAAAACAGAUACGAUGAUCAUCCUCUCUUCUUGUCAUAUGGUGACAUGAACAAGGAUGAAACAUAUUGGUGCGAGGCAUGUGAAACAAAAGUGUAUCCAAAGAGAGGUUUCUACACAUGCAACGACUGUGGAGUGGUUUUGCAUAUUUCCUGUGUUUUCGGAGACUUCUCGUACAUCAUGCCAGGUUCGUUUGUUCAUCUUGGCUACGAUUUUACGUGCUCUUUUAUCAAGGAAGGCUCCGUGACAAGCUCCAAUGGACAAGUGGUGUCCAACAACUCUAGUUGUAGACAACUUUGUUUUGUGUGCAACUCUCGAUGCAAACUCCCUUCGGUUCUUAAGCUUUCCAUGGGCGAAUAUGUUGUAUACAUUUGCUCUUUAGAAUGUCACCACAACUUUUGAAACCUGUUAAGGCAUAUACAUUUUCAUUAAUAAAAAACUUUGUAUCAUUGUUCUAAUGGAAGUUUAUAAUUAUGCUUUUAAUCAAA